ACUUAGAUCUUGUGGCUAAUCCAUGGUUCCCAAAUUUAUCAUUUGGCGGGAGAUUAUUCUCUUCCCGAUCUCUCUCUCUCUCUCUAAUUUCACUUCUAGGUCUCAAAAAUUGAAAAUUCCCACUCUCUUUCUCUCUCUCUCUCUAAAAUUGAUUUCUAGGGUUUAGCUUCUAAAGCGCGAUGGAGAAUCUAGCUCCACCUUCCGAGACCUCAACGCGUCCUCCGAAAAGACCUAGGGCUCAUCAGGGUGUCACUGAGAACCAGACCGGUAAGGCCAACGGCGACCGGACCGGCGAAGCAAAUGAGUCCGUGGACCGGGAGAGUUCGCCCGAAGAUUUCGAAGAGCUUCGUCCUAAGUCCAAGCGGAGUCGUGCCUCUGAAGGAACUUCGGCCUCGGCUCACAAAGCCAACGACCUCAGCUUGAUUGAGGUCGUCAAGGGCAAUGGGAAAUUUAUUCCUCAAGUGGUCAAGCUUUGGGUUGAGCGAUAUGAAAAGGCUCCAAAACCUGCAAUGGUUGAACUCCUGAUGAUGCUCUUUGAGGCAUGUGGAGCUAAGUAUCAUAUCAAGGAAGAGUUCCUGGAUGAGACAGAUGUUGAUGAUGUUGUGGUUGCUCUUGUGAAUCUUGCUAGAACAGGAGAAGUUGAGGAUUAUCAAAAUUCAAAAAGGAAGGAGUUAAAGAACUUCAAAGAUAAUCUUGAAUCAUUCUGGGACAAUUUAGUUCAUGAGUGUCAACAUGGACCAUUAUUUGAUCAGGUUUUGUUCGACAAGUGUAUGGACUAUAUAAUUGCACUAUCUUGUACUCCUCCAAGAAUUUACCGUCAAGUUGCUUCCUUGAUGGGCCUCCGACUUGUCACAUCCUUCAUAGCUGUUGCUAAAAUGCUCGGUGCACAGCGUGAAACUACCCGUAGACAGUUGGAUGCUGAAAAGAAGAAACGAACUGAGGGUCCUCGUCUGGAGUCACUAAAUAAAAGGUUCUCAACAACUCAUGAACAGAUAACAGUAUUGGAGGAGAUGAUGCGCAAAAUAUUUACUGGGUUAUUUGUCCACCGUUAUCGAGACAUUGACCCAAACAUUCGAACGUCAUGCAUACAGUCACUUGGUUCAUGGAUUUUAUCAUAUCCAUCUCUGUUCUUACAGGAUUUGUACUUGAAGUAUCUUGGGUGGACACUGAAUGACAAAAAUGCUGGCGUUAGAAGAGCUUCGAUCCUUGCAUUGCAAAAUCUUUAUGAGGCGGAUGAUAAUGUGCCAACUCUUAGUUUAUUUACUGAAAGAUUUUCUAACCGGAUGAUUGAGCUUGCUGAUGACAUUGAUGUUUCUGUGGCUGUCUGUGCCAUAGGACUUGUAAAACAACUACUAAGACAUCAGCUUAUACCCGAUGAUGACUUGGGUCCUUUAUAUGAUUUAUUGAUUGACGAUCCACCAGAAAUCAGGCAUGCUAUAGGAGCAUUAGUUUAUGAUCACCUGAUUGCUCAAAAGUUUAACACCUCCCAGUCUGGCACAAAAGGCGACAGCAGCGCUUCUUCAGAGGUCCAUCUUGGCAGAAUGUUGCAAAUACUAAGAGAGUUUUCAACUGAUCCUAUUUUAAGUAUCUAUGUCAUUGAUGAUGUUUGGGAAUACAUGAAGGCUAUGAAGGAUUGGAAGUGUAUUAUCUCCAUGCUCUUAGAUGAGAAUCCAUUGAUUGAGCUUACUGAUGAUGAUGCAACAAACUUGGUACGGCUUCUGUGUGCUUCUGUCAAAAAGGCAGUUGGAGAGAGGAUUGUACCUGCUACUGAUAAUCGCAAGCAGUAUUACACUAAAGCUCAAAAAGAAGUAUUUGAAAACAACAGAAGGGAUGUCACUGUUGCCAUGAUGAAGAACUAUCCAUUGCUCUUGCGCAAAUUCAUGGCAGACAAACGGAAAGCGCCGUCAUUAGUUGAGAUUAUUUUGCAUACUAACCUUGAACUUUAUUCCUUGAAGAGGCAGGAGCAGAAUUUUAGAAGUGUCCUUCAGCUUAUAAAAGAGGCUUUUUUUAAGCAUGGUGAGAAGGAGGCACUGAGAUCCUGUGUGAAGGCUAUAAACUUUUGUUCCACUGAGAGUCAAGGGGAGCUGCAGGAUUUUGCCCGUAGUGAAUUAAAAGAACUUGAAGAUGGACUUAUUGCUAAGCUUAAAGCUGCAAUCAAAGAAGUUGUGGAUGGUGGUGAUGAGUAUUCUCUUCUUGUAAAUUUGAAAAGGUUGUAUGAGCUUCAAUUGUCAAGGGCUGUGCCAAUUGAGAGUUUAUAUGAAGAAAUUGUCAUGGUCCUCAGUAGUUUUAGAAAUAUGGAAGAUGAGGUUGUCAGUUUUCUUCUUCUGAACAUGUAUUUGCAUUUGGCGUGGUGUCUGCACUCCAUUGUAAAUAGUGAAACUGUGACUGAAGCAUCUUUAUCUUCACUACUAUCUAAACGCAACACGUUUUUUGAGCAACUAGAUUACUUUCUUAACAACUUUUCUGAAGUGGAGGAAAUGAGUAAACAUGGAAAUCAACUAGCUUGCAGGGUUUGUACUAUACUGGCCGAAGCAUGGUUUUUGUUCAGAAAGACAAAUUAUAGUUCAACAAAGCUGGAAAGAUUAGGAUAUUUUCCAGAUACAUCUAUUCUUCAAAAGUUCUGGAAACUUUGUGAACAACAGCUCAAUAUUUCAGAUGAGACAGAAGAUGAAGAUGUGAAUAAAGAGUAUAUUGAGGAGACAAAUAGAGAUGCAGUCAUGAUUGCUGCUGCAAAGUUGGUUGCUGGCGAUGCAGUUCCGAAGGAGUAUCUCGGUCCAGAGAUUAUUUCUCAUUUCGUAAUGCAUGGAACAGGUGUGGCAGAGAUUGUUAAGCAUCUGAUCACUGUGCUAAAGAAAAAAGAUGCUGACCUUUCCAAUAUCUUCUUAGAAGCGCUGAAAAGGGCCUACCGUCGGCAUAUUGUAGAACUUUCCAAAAGUGAUGAGGAACCCUUGACUAGCAAGUCUUUUAUAGAAUGUAAAGAUCUUGCUACUCGGCUUUCUGGAACUUUCAUGGGUGCUGCUCGGAACAAGCACAGGUCAGACAUCUUAAAAAUGGUCAAGGAUGGUAUUGAUUAUGCUUUUGUAGAUGCUCCAAAGCAGUUGUCAUUCUUGGAAGGCGCUGUGCUCCAUUUUGUAUCAAAACUUCCUACACCUGAUGUGCUUGACAUUGUAAAGGAUGUUCAAAAUCGUACGGAGAAUGUAAAUACAGAUGAAGAUCCAAGUGGCUGGCGCCCCUAUUACACAUUUGUUGACAGCUUACGUGAGAAGUAUGCAAAGAAUGAAGGUUUGCAAGACGAGAAAGAAGGGGUAUCUGUCAGGCGCAGGGGUCGUCCUCGUAAGCGGCGUAAUAUAGAGGGAAAGAGACUUUUUGAUGAGCACAAUUCAAGUGAAGACGAGGAUUCUAUCAGUGCUUAUGACCAAGAAGACGCUCAAGAUGAAGAAGAGAAGCAAGAUGAAGAGGAAGAGGAAGAUGCCCCUUUGAUAAAUUCAAUUAGGUCAUCCAAGUUGAGGUCACUGAGGCUUUCAAGAGAGGAAAACAAAGGCCAGACAAGGACAGGAGAUUCAGAAAGAGCUGCAGAUAAUUUAGCUGCAUCAAGAACAUCAGGGGCCUCCAGCUAGUGACUAAAAACUUAAACUUGCACGUUUGUAUACGUAGGACAGCACUACCUUAGGUAAAAGUUUGUAGAAACAGGUUGUGAAGCAGUACCAUUUUUUCAAUUUUCAGUUUAGAGGAUGUUUAGUAUCCUUAGGCUUUUUCUUUUAUUUUGGGAAGGGGGGAAGGUGGGGAUGGGAAUUAACCUUGCCCAGUGAGGAAAUUUGUAACAGUACAAAGAUCCUCUUGUUUAAUGCCAUAUCUUAAUUUGGAUUGCCUC